GAACCAAAGAAAACCUCCAAUUAUGCUUCCAUUUUUAAAAUCUUACCAACUUCUCCUAUUAAACGGCUAAAUGAUAAUUCUCCAUCGUCCUUUCAUAAUUCACAGCCCCGAAAUGGUUUCCAAGAUCAUCAAGAAGCGAUCUCCGCCGCGUUCCAUCAAGCGCCACCACCAGAGAAAGACAUCUCCAACCAAGAAGAAUGCUUCUUUAUCCGUCAUCGCCUCCUUCAACAAGUCCAUCAAGACUUGCCGCCGUCGGAUCGUCAGGCUUUUCUCUAAGUUAGUCAACAUAGCGACAACCCCUUCCACCGCCCGCAAGCGCUUCCGCCGGGGCUACAAGACUCUUCACCAGGAAGAAGAGUUGCCUGAAUUCGAAAGCAAUUUCAUUGUUCCCAAGGCUCUCGUAUUCGACCAGUGCUUGCUUCCGCCAUUGGUUUCCACGACGAAAAAGACCAUCUUUCUUGAUCUGGACGAGACCUUAGUGCAUUCCAGCCCCGACCCAGCUCCAAAAACGUAUGAUUUCGCAGUAACGCCAAGCAUCGACGGCCAAAUCAUGAACUUUUACGUGUUGAAAAGGCCCGGGGUCGAUUUUUUCUUGGAAGAAAUCAGCAAGAAACGCGAGGUGGUGGUUUUCACGGCGGGACUGAAGCAGUACGCUUCCCAGGUUCUCGAUAAGCUCGAUCCAAAAGGCAUCUUCAUAUCGCACCGGCUUUAUCGGGAUUCGUGCAAGGAAGUGAGCGGGAAAUUCGUCAAAGACUUGUCCGGAAUGGGGAGAGAUUUGAGUAGAAUUGUCAUCGUCGACGAUAACCCAAAUGCUUACUCUCUGCAACCGGAGAACGCUGUCCCUAUACGGCCAUUUGUAGCGGAUAGUGAAGAUAGGGAGCUGGAGAAGUUGCUUCAGUUCUUUGAGUGGUCUGAACAGUUUGAAGAUAUGAGAGCAGCGGUCAAGCAGUGUUUUAAUGGUGGUGGCACCGUCGGCGGUGGCUCUGCUGAUGACCAUGGCUUUGUGCAGUUGAAAUUAUGACGCUUUGCUCUGUUUUUUCAAGGAUUGUUCGAUUUCUUUCUUCUUUUUGGAUUUUCGUUUUUGAACAAUAGAUUUUGUUCAAUGUUUG